AUGGGUAUUUCUAGAGAUUCACGUCAUAAAAGAGCCGCCACUGGUGCUAAAAGAGCUCAAUUUAGAAAAAAGAGAAAGUUCGAAUUAGGUAGACAAUCAGCCAAUACCAAAAUCGGACCAAAAAGAAUUCACAGUGUCAGAACUAGAGGUGGUAAUGAAAAAUUCAGAGCUUUAAGAAUUGAAACCGGUAACUUCUCAUGGGCUUCAGAAGGUGUUUCAAGAAAAACUAGAAUUGCAGGUGUUGUAUAUCAUCCAUCAAAUAAUGAAUUAGUUAGAACUAAUACUUUAACCAAAUCAGCUGUUGUACAAAUUGAUGCUACUCCAUUUAGACAAUGGUAUGAAAAUCAUUAUGGUUCAACUUUAGGUAAAAAGAAACAUGCUCCAGCUACAACUGAAGUUUCAGAUGUUAAAAAAUCAAGAAAAUUAGAAAGAAAAUUAGCUGGUAGAUCAGGUGCUGCUGCCAUUGAACAAGCUGUUGAUUCACAAUUCGGUGCUGGUAGAUUAUAUGCUGUCAUUUCAUCAAGACCAGGUCAAUCUGGAAGAUGUGAUGGUUACAUUUUAGAAGGUGAAGAAUUAGCUUUCUAUUUAAGAAGAUUAACUGCCAAAAAAUAA